AUGGGUAGAGGUGCUUUAGAGAUGGGCUGCAUUGAGACCUGGUUAGACACACCUGCACACAGUCAGGAUCGCAAGCUGACCAAGGCGGAGCAGCAACGCUUCAAGGAGGAGGCAGAGAUGCUGAAAGGGCUCCAACAUCCCAACAUCGUCCGCUUCUACGAUUCCUGGGAGUCCGCGCUCCGCGGCAAGAAGUGCAUUGUUCUGGUCACUGAACUCAUGACUUCAGGAACACUCAAAACUUACCUGAAGCGCUUUAAGGUGAUGAAACCCAAGGUCCUGAGGAGCUGGUGUCGGCAGAUCCUGAAGGGUCUUCACUUCCUUCACACCAGGACUCCUCCAAUAGUCCACCGUGACCUCAAGUGUGACAACAUCUUCAUAACAGGUCCCACUGGCUCGGUCAAGAUAGGUGACCUUGGACUGGCGACUCUAAUGCGAACCUCCUUCGCCAAGAGUGUCAUAGGAACUCCGGAGUUCAUGGCUCCAGAGAUGUAUGAGGAGCACUAUGAUGAGUCUGUGGAUGUCUAUGCCUUUGGGAUGUGCAUGCUGGAGAUGGCCACUUCGGAAUACCCCUACUCUGAGUGCCAAAAUGCUGCUCAGAUUUAUCGCAAAGUCACAAGUGGUAUAAAGCCAGCAAGCUUUGAUAAAGUAAAUGACCCAGAAAUCAAAGAGAUCAUUGAAGGCUGCAUUCGCCAGAACAAGAGCCAGAGACUCUCCAUCCGAGACCUCCUGAACCACGCAUUCUUUGGGGAGGACACAGGGGUCCGCGUGGAGCUGGCAGAGGAGGACACAGGCACCCAGGACUGUCUGGCUCUUCGGAUUUGGGUUGAAGAGCCCAAGAAGCUAAAGGGGAAGCACAAAGACAAUGAGGCCAUCGAGUUCAGCUAUGACCUGGAGAAUGAUAGUGCUGAGGAAGUGGCUCUAGAGAUGGUGAAAUCAGGAUUCUUCCAUGAGAGUGAUGCCAAGGUGGUAGGGAAAUCCAUCCGGGACAGAGUAAAUCUUAUCAAAAAGUCACGGGAGCGGCGACAGCAGCAGCUCCUCCAGCAGCAGCAGGGCUUCGAAGAAAGAAGAGACUCCACUCUCACCUCCUAUACUUUUUCUCAUCCGUCCUGCACAUCCUCACUGGGACCAGGGGCAGCUGGACAGACUGGAGGAGGAGCAGGUGGAGCAGGAGGAGUGCAGGAGUCUGAGGAGCUGCCUGAAGUGGACCAGCAUGUCAGGCAGCAACAUAUUUUCAGUGGGACAACCCUUAGUCUGCCAGGAGAGAGCAUUGGGUCUGCCAGCUGUGAAUCUUAUGCAAGUGGACAGAGCCAGGUGUACUCUCAGCCAGGGGAAUCAUACUCUCACUCGCAGACUGCUCUUCCCCCUAUAGCAUCUAGCACUGUGGCAUUGGCUCAUCAUCAAAUGCUCCCCAUUGGUGAGAGUGGAAGUGUUCCAAAUGUGCCUAUCGGUCAGAGUGUCAGUAUGUCCAGCAUGUCCGUGGGCCAAAGUGGAGGCGGACCUGUUGGUCAGACAUUUCUCCAGCCCAGUACCAUGGUUCCACAGUCACAAACAUUCCCAUCAGAUGCAUUUCAAACUGCCACUCCCCACGGGUCACUGGCCCCCUCACAGUCAUACAUACCCCCUGUUUCCCCACAAGCACCCAUUAAUGUUCUCACUACAUCCAUGUCAGUCAGUGAUCCUGCUGGACCAGGGGGGACCAUUGUGCCCCUCUCUCAGCAGACCCAGCCCCCUGCCACUCCCAUGCAGCUCACUGACAUAAUUCCCCAGGCAGCACCCCAGCAAACACAGCCUGUCGUGAUCCCUCUGCAGACUAUUGUCCAACAACAACAGAUUGGGAUGGAUCCCCAGACCUCCACCCUCCAGCAGCAGCCGCAACAGCAAAUGGAGGCCCCGGCCGCUCUGCUCGAACAACAACAAGUUAGUGCCACUCAGCCACCAACGGAACAUCAGACACAGAGCCUUUCAGCUAUAGCUGUCCAGAAACAUCAACAUGAGCCUCCGCAGCAAAUCUACGUACAGCAGCCUGUUCCACCUGUCCACACAACUCCUCAGCAGCAAGUGUUACCUACACAACCAGGUAUGGAGCAGCGAGCUAUGUCAGUACCACAGCUAGGGGAGCAGCCUCAGACCUACAAACAGCAACCAACAGGGGAUCCUCGUGAACAGACCUUGAUACAACCACAACUGCAACAACAGCUUCAGCAAACUCUGUUACAACAGCAACAAGCUUUACUGCUUGAGCAACAUCAGACGUAUGUCCAGCAACAGCUUGAUCAGCAGCAACAACAAGCAUUGUUUCAGCAACAACAGGCCCAGCUACAACAACAUCAACUGGAGCAGCAGCAAGCACUUAUACACAAGCAAAUGUUGGAUCAACAGCAGCAGCAAGCACUUAUUCAACAGCAACAAGAGCAGCAACAGCCAGGUCUUGUACAACAGCAGCAACCACAACAGGCACUUUUACAACAUCAGGUAGAGCAGCCUCCUUUACAGAAACAGCAGCCGGGUCAGCUGUAUCAACAAAUCGGACACCAAACUGGAAACCAAACAGAACUAGAGAAGCAACAGCAAAGUGGACAACAGCAGCAACAAAUUAUAUUGCAGCAGCAGCAGCCCCAGCAGCCUCAACAGCAACAGGAACAAUUGCAGCAGCAAGCUUUUCUCCGACAAAUUGAACAACAGCAGCAACAAGCACUCAUACAACAGCAUCUGCAACAGCAGGCUCUUCUACAACAGCAACAGCUACAACAGAAAGCUCAGCUACAGCAACAGCAACAUGAGCAGCAACAAGUGCAACUCAAACAGCAGCUAGAGCAGCAGCAGCAAGCUCUGCUGCAACAACAGCUGGAGCAACAGCGUCAGCAACAAGUCCUUUUACAACAACAACAAGCAGAGAGACUGCAGCAGCAGGCUCUGAUAAAGCAACAGAUUCAAGAGCAGCAGCAACAAGCAGCCAUUAUUCAACUUCAGCAAACUGAGAAGCAAGAGAUUUCCUCUAUUCCACCAAGUAAUAGUGAGCAGCAGAUUCAGCAGCAACCAGCUGACAUACAGCAAGCGUGUAUCCCGCAACUAAAUGCCACUCAGUUUACACCUCAUUCCACUCUCACACAGCAGCAAGUCAUAGAUCAACAGCAGCCAGCAGCAUUGAUCCAGCAGCAGCAAGCAUUUGUUGACCAGCCGCAGCAUCACACCUCUGUAAUGGAACCUCAUGUUGCUGUGGGAGCUCCAGUCGGCACAGACGUGAUCCAUCACCAAACUCAAAUUGCCUCACAGGCCCAGGUCCCCAUGGCCAUUCAAACUACCCACAUCCCAGUCCAGGCACCUGCUGUGGUUCCAGCUCAAGUCCUCACCCAGCCAGGACAUAGCGGGACUCAUCCCCAGAACCAGGUCCCAGUCCAGUUUAUACCCCAGUCCACAGUCCAAGCCACCCAGACUAUGAUUGAGGCCCAAGUAACUCCUCCUGCUGCAGUGAUCCAGGGACAGACCCACAUCAUCCAGACCCAGCAAAUUCCUUUACAGACCCAGAAUUACCCAGGACCUGCCACUCUCGCACAGACUCAGGCAGCUGCUCAGCCAUUAAUCCAGACUCAGCCUCUGCACCUGACAGUUAGUCAGUCUCAGCCACCACAUGGUCAGGGCCCAGCUGUGGACAUUCAGAUGAUGGGCCAACAAAGCCAAGCUACUGUCCAGCCUCCAGGUGCAAUUACAUCUAUUCCCGCUCAGAUCCAACAUGAGGCUCUUGUUCAGAAAAAUGCCCAAAUGCCAGGGCUCAUGCAACCCCAGCUCCAGCAGCAAACUCAAGGCCAGCCACCUAGCCAGAUGCAUGCUCAAACUGGCCUUUUGGCCCCUCAGUAUGUCCCUCAGCCUGCGCACCAAGCCAUGCCAUCUGUACAACAGGAUAUAACUCAUAUUACACAACAGCAGCAGCAACAGGAGCCAGUGCUGCAAUAUCAGCAGAUGAUUCGGUCUCCCGGCUCAGCUGGAAGCGUUGGAACUACAACAGAUAGUCUCACUUCUGUAGUUGACCUUGCAAACUUUGUUGCCACACCUCAUCCUGUUCAGCAGGCUGGACAGGCCUAUGUUCCAGGCCAAACAACACUACAGCCAGUUGUUCAGGCUCAGCAGCAGGCCCUUGGAGGCACUGCAGACCCUUCUGUCAUUCAGCAGAUCUCCCAGCCUCCUAUGCCUCAGUCUACAGCGCAAUACCAGCAACAACUACAGAAGCUUUCUCAAGUGCAGCAACCACUAGCUCCGCCUCCUUCACAGACCCAGUUACUGGCACAGCCCAUCCCAACUCCCAUCCAGCAACCACUUCCUAUUAAACAGGCUGUGAUACCCCUUGACGAGAGUCAGCUGCCCUCACAGUGUUCACCAGCUUCACAUCUGGUGACCCAUCCUCCUGCACAGAUAGGCCCCAGUAAUGUUACAGAGCCUCAGUCCCAGAACAGGACCUUGCCCCUCUAUAGUCAUUUAAUGGCAGGUGCCCCUCCGUCUCCUCAGCACCAAGCUAAGUCAAUGCUGCCAGCUCACACACACACACAAACCAACAUUCAGGCCCAAACUCACUCCCAGACGCAGACACACGUUCAGCCACAGGCUCAUUCUCACACUCAGACACACACUGAGACACCUAUCGCUGAACAACCUGUUCUACCCCAAGCUGUCUUUCCUGCUCAACAAAUGCCCCUCAGCCCCUCACACACCUCACAUCCCCCAACAUCACUACCAUCUCUCCCAUUCCUACCAUCCCACCAUCCUGCUGCUGCUGCUCCUGUGACAGAGCUGCCUACAUCUCCGCCAGCGGCCCAAGUAACCUUACCAGGGCAGGCCGACUUUAUACCCACCUCCCCUCCGCCUGUCACUAUUCUACAGUCGCUUGACUCUAAUCCCCCCAACCUGCCCCAAGCCUCGCUGCAAGACUGUGACCUUUCCCUGCUGGGCAUUGCUCAGGAUGGUCCAUACCUGUCAAGUACAGAACGUCAUUCUUCGUCAGGAUCUGUUCCAGCAAAUGGAGAAGAAGCUCUUCAGCUCUUGGCCAAUGGAAAGUUAGAGAAAUUAAAGGCUCAAAGAAGAGCUUCCUGUCAGAGGCCUGAGAAAGUUUCACAUCAGUUUCAGCUGAGCAUGCUCCAGGUGUCAGGCAGCGGGGACAACAUGGUGGAGUGCCAGUUGGAAACUCAUACCAACAAGAUGGUGACAUUUAAAUUUGACAUUGAAGGGGAUGCACCAGAGGACAUAGCAGAUUACAUGGUGGAGGAGGAUUUUGUCCUUGAUGUAGAGAAAGACAAAUUUGUUGAGGAGCUUAGAGCCAUUGUUAAAAAAGCUCAUGAAUUACUUCAAACACAUUCACAGACUGGAUCAACUGACCAGUUGCAUGUGAGCACUCCCACUAGUUCUACAAUGGACUCGGUGCCCCAUUCCUCCCCAGUUGGACGUUGGCGCUUCUUUAUAAACCAGACCAUCCGCCAUAGAGACUCUUUAUCCAACCAAGGUGCAGGCACGCCACCGCCCAUUGCAGAGAUGAGGAUACCUCAGUCUCCUAAAACAGAGAGAGAAAGUGAAGGAUCCCAGAGUCUGGAGUCCUUGGCUGGAAUGGCCUCUCCCCCCUGUCCCCCCCUUUCUGCUACCUCCCCUCCAGUCUCCACUGUUUCAGCCCCUGCCUCCAUUGCCCCCUCAACAACCAUUACCCCCUCAGCCACCACUGUCCCCACUCCCCACACUACUGCCUCUGAAAGCAUCUCUGCACCAGCAUCCACUCUUGAGGCCUCUGUCCCCGUCACUGCUUCAGGUGGUCUUGAAUUGCAAGUCCCCACCUCAGUUUCUGCUGACCAAAUUCCCAGUGUUCCCUCAUCCAUAGCAAUACCUGCAGCUGCUAACAUUCCCAGCUUGUCCACUGCUCCCACUGUUGUGUCUCCCACACACAUCACCAUUCUCCCUGAUGUCCUCACUUCUCCUGGAAGCAGUGGUUGCUCCACUGUUGGUCAAAGUAUAGGGGAUACAGUGACUGCUCCAAGGUCAUGUGUGGCGACAGGGGACCAGUCUUCAACCUCUUUUCAUUCCCCUCCUCCUGCUGCUGCAGUGACCUCCUCUGCUGUAAGCCAACUUGGCAUGAAGCAGCAGCAGACACUCGCUCAGGUGGCCAUGCCAGCCGUGCAAAAACCACAACUACCACAGCAACAGCUACAGCCUACAUUACAGCAGCAGGUACCAGUAGUUCAACAGCAGCUGCAGGCAAUGCAGCUUGAACAACAGAUGCAGCAGACGACGACACAGCAACAACAAUCGCAACAUCAAGUGUACCACGAACAAAUUCAGCUGCAGCAGGAACGAGCACUGCAACAGUCUCUCCAGCAGCUCCAACAUCACCAACUAAUGCAGCAACAAAUACCACUUCAACAACAGCUGACUGAGGUGCAGGUGUUGCCUCGGCCGGGUCAUACAGAGUUGUUACAACAAUCUGUGCCUUUGCAGCAGUUUCUGCCACCAAUACCCCUGCAGCAGACCCAACAACCCCUUCUUCAACAGCAAACACCACAGUAUACCCCACAACUGCUGCAGCAGUCUCAGUUACAGCAGUUACCGCAACAAGUUAUGGCACCCCAGACUGCUGAAGUGCCUCAACAGCAGGCCAUCAUUGAUCAGCAGCAGCAGUUAAACCUACAACAGACAAUGCACUUACAGCAACAGCAAAUGGUGCAGCUACAGCAACAGCAGCUGUUUAUGGGUGCUGCGGGUUUAAAGACAGAUCAAAGCCAAAUGCUGCCGCUCUCAAUCAGUCAACAAUUUCUUCAGCAACAGGCACAACUAAAUAUCAGCCCUGUACUGCAACAGCAGAUUCCACAACAAGCCCAAAUCCCUGCUGAGCUAGCACAACAUGUACAGUCACAGCAACAGCUGCAACACACCGAGCAGCAACAAGAUGUGGUUAAGGUUAUGGACACACCCCAAAAACAGUUUCCGUUGCAGAAGCAGUCCUCUUUGCAGAUGUCAGAGUCAGAGGUGUCCACAGGAGAGACAAGUUUCACAGAAGACACAUGCAGCUACUCAACCCCUUUUCACCCUUCCUCUGACUCCUCCCUGCCGCCUCUCCAUCUUGGCAGCGCUGAAGCCCCUGUACCCGCUCUCUCCCUCACUAUGACACCAUCCCCUGCUCAGCCUUCCUCUGUGGCCGAGUCAGACAGCGAAGGCCCCCCCAAAAUUGAAUUUGUGGAUAACCGCAUAAAGACUCUGGAUGAAAAGCUGAGGAACUUGUUAUAUCAGGAGUACAGCAGUGGAGCAGCACCCACCGGGGGAGCUGCCUCUGGCCCCACAUCUGCUGCCUCCACAUCAGCAGGAGGAGACGAAUCAUCUGAGCCGCAGUUGCACCACACAUCUUUCCUCCCCCCUGCCUCCUCCUCAGAUACUUCCCCUCACUCCUCAUCCUCCUCUACCUCUUCCACCACCUCACGUUCCUCCUCUACCUCCCCUGACCCAGAGAGGGACGGCAGAGUGGAGAAAGCUUCCUCAGAAGUGCCCAGCUUCGCAGAGAUUGGCCCAGUGGAGCAACAGCCUGGUCCAUCUCUCCCUUCCACCUCUGCCUCGUCCACCCCGCCCACCUCCCUCCUGCCUCCUAACCAGGAUGAAUCUGCUUGGCCUCAGCGUCCACCUGUACCAGGAGAACCAACCAUUCUUGCUGUACCCCCACACUCUGACACCAGUACCACUGGAGAUGCGUCGUGGCCUCCCAAUCAGCACCCGAUCCCCCUCCGGCACGGACAGCAGAAGCACAAUGCAGGAGAGGGACGUUCCAGCAGUCAGGCAAUUAGAGAGGAGAAGGAGGCGCCACCUCUAAAUCCACCUCAUUUACGCAAAGGACGAUUUCAGGUGACUCCAGUGCCCCAGCCCUCUCCUCCGAAGGCUGCGCCAUCCAGCCAUGGUGGCACUCACAGGAAAGUGGGACGCUUCUCUGUAACCCAGGCUGAGACGAAGAAAGAGGACAGGCAGACUGACAGCUCCCCAGUGUCUCCUGAUUUAGAGAGGGACAGGAGGAAAUCUCGAGCAAAGGAGGGAGAGAAAGAUGACAGUAAGAGGACCCCAGCAAUGGCUCACUUGCCUCGAGGUCAUGGGCACAGCCACUCACCUCUGGGCAGCAGUGAUGAUGAUGAUGAGAGUGAGCUGGAGGAUGAAGACCUGAGAAAGGAACUACACAAGCUCAGAGAGAAGCACAUCAAAGAGGUGGUAUCCCUUCAGGCCCAGCAGAACAGAGAGCUGCAGGAGCUGUACAGACAGCUUCGUUCCCUCAAAGACCAAAGGCAGAGUCUGCCUGUCUCCCUGUCCCGAACCCCUCCUCUUCCCACAGGACCUCCUAUACUCUCUCCUCGUAGACCCAGGCCGGCCAAAAUCAAGCUCCGGCCCCGGCCUCACUCUCACAUGGAUAACAACGGGGUUACACACUCUGGGAUUCAGCAGUCAAGUAGUUUCUCAGGAAGUGAACAGAGACUGCCUCUAUACUGCAACCCAGAGCACUGCUCUACACUGCCUGCUAAAAGAGAUCAAAGUCCUCUAAGAAAAAGCACAUUCACGGAUGAACUGCACAAACUCGUUGAUAAUUGGACGAAGGAGACGGUGGGCCCCGCCCCGCCCAAGCCUUCGCUAAAUCAAAUUAAGCAGAUUCAGCAGGUGCAGGAGUUGGGAGGCUGGAGCCAGCCGAGUGAGGUGGCUCCGCCAGGUUGGUUUCCAGUGGCACCACUGAACCCCCAGGCACCCCCGACCCCUGCCAGCUUGCCUGUGGCAGCCCCUUCCCAAUACACAGGUGGAGGAAGCCUGUCCACACUGCACUCUCCGGGACCACCACCGCAAACGCAUAUGGCACAAGUGCCACAGGUGCAGCAAAGUUUACACCUCCAUCAGUCUCUCCCCCUCCAGCAGAUGACCUAUCAGCAGUCCCCACUCCGCCAGCAGAUACCGCAGCCCCGGAUGCAAACUCCCAUACAGUCCCAGUCCCUACCACAGACACAGCCUGUCACCCAGCUGCCCCACUCACCACCUCGAAGCCAACCGCUGCUGCCUUCCCAAAUGCCCACAUCUCCAGUGUCCACGGCCGCCUCUCUGCUGCCAGGCAGUGGCAGCACUGCACCCACAGAUAGCACUGCUGCUACUGGGGGGACAUUUUGCCCCUGUCCCUCGCCCUCGUCAACCUCUUCCUCCUCUUGUUCUACUGCUGCUCUACCUUCCAGUGCCAAAAUUCACCCAACACCCCCCACCUCUACUCUUCCUCUGGGACAGAAAUGAAACCGAGGCGCAGUGCGAGGUCAAUAUGAAGGUGCAAGAGAUGGAAAUGCUAAGUGGAUCAGGAUGUAAGCAGAUCCAUUCGGUUUGUUAGUUCUGUGUGUGCAUGAGAGAGUUGUGACUGUAAUGAAAAUGUGGAUUCCAGUGUACUUCUGGAUGAGAUGGCGAGUGAAUGUGAGCGAUGAUAGUUUCUAGUAUGUACAGACAAGAGGGUAACAAGGAAGACAGCAGCCGGGGUUUAUGAAUCAUGGUAUGUUUGGGUGUUGAGAUGUAUAAAUUCUUAAAUGUACGAGUGUGUGCGAUUAUGAGUGUGGGUGAGUGUUUAUCCGAGUACAUAUCCCUUUUGUCCUUUUACACAAAUUAACGUUCAUGUUUUUGUUAUCAAACCGACUCAGUUGGACCUGAACUGUCCCUAAGCAGAGACAAGAAAGACAAAAUAUUUGACAGCGUGUUGACAUUUUUGUGUUGAAUUUGUCAAUGCUUACAGUGAAAGGACUAUCAAUUUUAAAAGUGCAAUUAGUAAUGGUCAUCUAAAUUGAUCAGCAUGUAUUGUAUGGAUUUGUCUGUAAGGCAUAAAAUAUUUUUGUAGAAGCACAUUGAUGAAAACUAGGAUCUUCUCAUGAUCGUUACAUGAUCUUUUAAAACUGUAGGCCUACAGCACAAGAUGUGUCAAUGAAAAUAAAUUAAACAACAGCAUGUUGUACAGUAAAGCACGGUAAACUUAUCUGGCUAACUUCAUUACAACAGAGCGACCAAACACCGUGUUGCAGUGUUGUGCAGCGGUACAGCAUGUGCUUCAUUCGUAUUACUUUAUGUUCAGCAAGUGUAACAUAGAAACAGUCUGAGCGAUGUGAUAUAAAUUCAGAUGAAUAUGAUGGUGAAUUAAAAUAUGCCAUCUGUAUGUUCAGUGGAUACAUGGGUACACUGCAUGACUAACUUGACUUGCCAGAGUGCAAACUGCUCGCACUUGCCAUAUAUUCAUGAUAUACGGCAAGUAUAUUAAUUCAUAUUCAAUUCAUCAGUUGUGAGUAAAUUUGGUAUGAAAUGCUUUCACAUUUGACAUUUUCAGUUUGAGCUCCACAUAUCAAAUCGCCGUGUUGUGCUGGGGAGGAAGAUGAAAAAGAAUUUUUAAAACUGCCAAUAGACUGGGGAGACCAUAGGGGUUAUUCCCAUAUUGCCUUUUAAAAUUACAGCAUUUUUUGUGGGUGUGUGAGUGUAUAUUUUUUCUGUGUGAAAAAGCUCUGUGAUAGUCCAAUGGUAAAUUGCAUUAUAAAUUGCUUCCCUGUUCCUUUCAUUCAAAGCGGCCUCUCAAAUGUCUCCGUACCCAACUGAAAAUGUUUACAACGCCUGCGUUUUGGGCUUUUUUCCUCAAGAAGUCAAAACAAGUGAGAGGUUGUAAGCUUGAUGUCCGACACUGUUGUCACAUCCUCACUUGCCUAUUCGUCAACUUUGUUUGGCAUUGGACAAAUCCCUUGUUACAAUUGUAAACUAUUUAGUCUUUGACCAUAGGCUGUCAGUGUGAAUGCAUCAGUCAGGAACCGAACUGUGGGCCAUAAUUGUGCUUUAUGCACACUACAAAAGGUUUACUCGAGUCAAAAAUCUCCUAUUUCUAAACGCUUCAUUUGUAGAUGUAGAGAUACACAGAGUAAUAUAUCUACAGCGGAUAUAUUACUGUACAUUUUAUUGGGUUAUCAGAGCACUUAGCCAUACACGUUUGAUCAGCGAUGGUCAGGCGUUAAAACACUUUUUGGCAUAAUAAGUAGGCUGUAGUCAAAGCAGCAUUUCUGUUUUAUUAAUGAUAGACAGAUUGUGUGCCACUGAAAAAAAGGAAAUUGUACCAGUUGUUAAAAACUGCUACAUGUGAGUCAAAGACAUCUAAAAAACAUGAAUGGUGACAGAGGAUUAGUUUGUGCUAAAGGGUAUGGUUGUUCAGACGCUGCAUAUUCUAGAAUAUAACAAUGAUUUUCUGUAUUUGUUGCUUUCAAGACAAACCACAUUGUCACAGAGAUGUAGUUGAUUAUUAGUGACGGUGAGAUACUGUGCUGUCAUGUCUGAUACUAACAUGUUGACUGCAAGCUACAGCUUAAUGAUCAUGUUCAUGAUGUGGAGCUGGCUUUGUCCUUGAAGUGUUACCAAAAUGUUAUCUAAAAGAUAAAGAUUAUUUUUGUAUUUUGAAAUGGGGUUGUACAAAUUGUAAAAUUGUGUUCUCAUCAUUAUAAUUCUGAGGUUAUUUGAAACUAGAAAACUCUGGUUUUUGUCCGUGUUUACAUGGGACUCCCCCGAUUGCUGACAGGCCAGGGUCAUUUAAGAUUAUAUUUAGAGAACUUUUUACAUUUUAUUUCAAAUUUGAACUUUGACAACGUGGAGGAUAUACAGCAGAAGUCUUUCUGCAGGGCCACACUUCAAAUAAAAAAAAACAAACUUCCAAAUUCAUGCAGCAAAAAUCUAGGGAGUCCCAAAACAGCACGACUGAGAACCAAUGAUAAAAGGACAUUUGGGCAGAGGAACCUCAAAAAAUAAAGUAUGUUGCUGGUGAUUUAGCCUCUGUAAAUUGUAACUAAUUCAACUGUUGAUUUUAUUUAUGUUUUGUAACUAAUCAAAAAUAAAUGAUGUUAAACAUCA